CAAGUUCAAUACGUUUAAUAAUGGUGAGUUUUCCUCUGAAUCUUUAAUAAUACUUAAAACUGUUUUCAUUUGUUUACUAUUUAUGAUACAGCAGUAUUGGGUUUUUCAUUAGAAUACAGUUAUCGAUAUUUUAAAGGUUGUUAUUAACGAAUUUGGGCAGUAUUGUUGAUAGCAAGAGUCGUGGGACUGGCAGCGUUUGUCGGACUGUGUGGAGCCAUCUAUUGGGCACUCUGGUUUCCUCCCGUUAAAAGCAAUGGCUGUAAAUUGUUCGGUAUCUGUCGGAACAUUUUGUGAACCAACUACAGUAUAUUCAUCCAACGACGGCUAGAAUUGGCGCCAGCGUCCAUCAGCCUAGCUAGCUUGGAUUAAACAACAGUUAAAUUAGAAAAGACUGCAAAGAAAAACAAAUAUAAAUGAAUAUCUUGGCUAACAUGUUAUUCAACGAGCCGCAAUACUCAGAAAUGUUAUGUUAUGUCAAAGUUAGCUAUUUUGGCUCCUUUAUCUUCACCUGUCUUCAGUGUCAAGUCUACAAAGAUGUUUGUUUGCUCUACACGGUUUUAACAGUUUUUAUUUUUAUGUAGCGCACCCAAUUUUGGCUUCAUAUUCUGACAAAUUGCAUAUUGCACAUCGAUAACUAUAACACGAUAAUUACAAUGGAUCAAUGGCAUCCACUGCAAGGUUAUUAUCGUGUAUGUAUGUGUGUGUGUGUCGGAACAAACCCAGUCGGGUCUGCGGUGUCCACACUUUAUCAUCCUCUUUGCAUGUCACGUGCCUGUCCCGGGCCAAUAACCUCUCGGUGCUGGCGCGCUCCGCUGCUGCUAUCGCUCGUCGGCUGGUGUGUGUUCAGUCUUGGAGCUUUAGAAAAAAGAGCUGGACGUCUCCAUGUCGGGCCAAUGACCGCGUCCGUACUCCUGCACUCGCACUGGAUCGACCCGCUGAUGUUCCUGUACGACGGCGGCCUGGAGGAGAGAAACAAGAACAUGGAGGGAUUUUCCGGAGGAAACUUCGCUCCGAACCAGUGCAGGAAUCUCUUAGCGCAUCCCACCUCGCUGGCGCCCACCACCACCUACACUGAGGUGCCGGUGUCGGGCGUGGGGGAUCCUGGCAAGCAGUGCAGUCCAUGCUCCGCGACGCAGAGCUCGCCCAACGCCUCGUUGCCGUAUGGAUACUUUGGCAGCAGCUACUACCCGUGCAGGAUGACGCACGGCGGCGUCAAAGCGCAGCCGUCCGGCUACGGUGACAAAUAUGUGGACACGUCGGUGUCCGGCGAGGAGUUUUCCAGCAGAGCCAAGGAGUUCGCCUUCUACCAGGGCUACUCCUCUGCCCCAUAUCAGCCCAGCUACCUGGACGUGCCGGUGGUUCCGACUCUCAGCGCGCCGUCUGAGCCAAGACACGAUUCUCUGUUGCCCAUGGAGCCAUACCAGCCCUGGACCCUGACCAACGGCUGGAGCGGUCAAGUCUACUGCACCAAGGAGCAGACGCAGACCAACCCUCUGUGGAAGUCUUCAUUACAAGAGAACAUGUCUGCAGGAGACAACGCCAUCCGGCGCGGCAGGAAGAAGCGUGUUCCCUACACGAAGGUCCAGCUCAAGGAGCUGGAGCGCGAGUACGCCACCAACAAGUUCAUUACCAAAGACAAAAGGAGGCGCAUAUCGGCCCAGACGAACCUGACAGAGAGACAAGUCACGAUCUGGUUCCAGAACCGGCGCGUCAAGGAGAAGAAGGUCGUCAGCAAAUUCAAGAGUUGAGACGACAUAGCAGAACUCUAUAAUUUAUUAUGACACUCAACAAGGACCGGGUUCUGGUGUCGCCACCGUGGCUCUGCUCGUUUCCUUCCUCCGCUCUUAAUUGGAACCAGUCGAUGCGGCCUGUUGACAGGAGAUCGGAAAUGGUUUGGGUCCAGAAGCAGGACGGUUCUGCGUGUGACGCACAACUCUAGACUUUUCACUGAGACACACACGAAGCCUCGGAGGCUUGAAAAUCCACGCACACCACUUCUCAUCCGACAGGAUUUGGAGGACUCGCUUAGAAUUUCUGGACGGACAGUGUUUAUUUUCUUGUCUUGGAUUCGUUUUGGUUGUUUUACGAAGAGCUUGUCCGCGAUGCGUCUCCUCCGGAUGUAUUUGGGGACGCGUGUGUGAUUAUAUAACAAUAAACCACAAACAUCGCCGCAUAUUUAUUUUUGCUUCUCCAAAACACAAAAUGAAGCACGUCUCUUUUGAAGGGUCAAUCAUUUCAUUUAAAAUAAGCAAAUCAUUUUUGCCAAAUGUCUUAAUUUAUGCAACGUUUUUUUGCGUGUACAAGGGUUUUACAUGAAGCAGCUUCAUCCACACAACACAUUUAUUUACUAUUUAAUUUUUGUCUUGUAGUUGUACCAUGUGUAAAUUAAAAACAUGACUAUUCUCGCCCGCAUCAGCUCUGCACCAUUGUAUCCCCCAAAUAUCAGGUGUUCUGCGCAGACUGUCUAUUUAAACCUGUAAAUACUUUUGUAAUUUCCCUUAACUCUGACUGCAGUAGACAAUAAAUACAUGUUUGAGAAGCGCAACAGAGGUGCGUGUUUUUACUCCACAUUUUCGUUAAAACCUUUUAACUUCAUUUUGUCCCAAAU